AUGUCUUCUCUAAUGGCGAUUCGCUGCGCACGAACCCAGAAAAUUGUCACAAUAGGUUCUAUGCUUCAGGUACGUUCGUCAUUUUCCCGAAUGCCCUCUCAAUUCGCCUCCGGCCACUCAAUUUCGAGCAAAAACCUGAGCACAUCCGCCGUCACGAGCGAUUAUUACCGGAAUCCUGGACCCGUCGCACCUCAUCCGCCGCAACAACGGCCGAAUCCAUCUCCGGGAUUCGAUUCUCAGCGAUUUCAAAAUCAGUCGAACAUUAAUCAAAGAGUGCCGCAAAACCCUAAUCAAUGGACUCCGCAAAAUCCUCAACACGGUGGAUACAGGCCUCAACACGGUGGUCACAACCCUCAACGCGGUGGUGCUGGUAGCAAUUAUCAGAAUCAUGGUCAGUAUCAGAAUGUUCAGCAGAUCCCUCAGAGCCAGUACAAUCCGCAGCAACCCAGAAGCUCAAAUCAAAGCCCUAAUCAGAUGAAUAAUCAGAACAAUGAGAUUGCCCCUACCGUUGAGGAGGUAAUGCGUUUGUGCAAGCUCAGGAGAUAUAAAGAUGCUAUAGAGUUACUUGAUAAGGGAGCUUUGCCUGAUAAAGAAUGUUUCUAUUUGCUGUUUGAGUCUUGUGCGAGUCUGAAAUCGCUUGAGCAUUCCAAGAAGGUACAUGAUCAUUUCCUGCGUUCUCAAUUUAGAGGUGAUCCCAAAGUGAACAAUAUGGUGAUUAGCAUGUUCGGGGAAUGUAAUAGUGUCACUGAUGCUAAGAGAGUGUUUGAUCACAUGGCCGAUAAGGAUAUCGCUUCUUGGCAUCUGAUGAUGCGUGUGUACAGUGAUAACGGAAUGGGAGAUGACGCGUUGCAUUUGUUCGAGGAGAUGACGAAACAAGGGCUGAAACCUAACGAGGAAACGUUCCUUAAUGUUUUCCUUGCGUGUGCUACUGCGGGUGGCGUGAAAGAAGCGUUCUUGCAUUUCGAUUCGAUGAAGAACGAGUUUGGGAUUAGUCCAAGAACAGAGCAUUACUUGGGUCUUUUAGAUGUUCUUGGCAAAUGUGGACAUCUUGUUGAGGCAGAGCAGUACAUCCGCGAGCUUCCUUUUGAACCAACAGCUGAUUUCUGGGAAGCAAUGAAGAAGUAUGCUAAGAUACACGGAGAUAUCGACUUAGAGGAUUACACAGAGGAGUUGAUUGUUGAUCUUGACCCUUCCAAGGCUAACAUUGGAGAUCAUGUCCUUUCAAAGUUGCAAUAUUUCAUGUCUUGA